AUGGAGGACAAGUCGGCUGAAGCUCAAUCGCUCGAGAUUGAGCACCCAUACCUCGAAUUCGAGACUCCAUUACCUACGCCGCUUAUUACGCUUCCUCCGGAACCCAGUCAAUCGCCGCCGCCUGAAGCCCCCAAGCUCGAGAAAUACACAUCCCCGUUUAAAUGGCCAAAAUGGCGCAAGAAUAUAAUGACCUGGAUAUCUUGCGCAGUGACAAUGUUGGCGGGUUUGUCGGCGGGUGAGGUCAGUCCGGCUGGAUCGAUCCUGGCCGAUAAAUGGAACAUCAGUGUGGUCGUUGCGAACUUGUCCAUUACCAUUUUCUGUAUUGGGUUUGCGCUGGCGCCUAUGGUCCUGGCUCCUUUGUCCGAGUUUGAAGGACGGAGACCUAUUUUCCUUGCUAGUGGUGUUCUCUUUGUCGCAUGCCUUAUUGCCAGUGGAGGAACACAUACUUUUGCAGGAUUGUGUGUCGCUAGAUUGUUCCAGGGUGCCGGAGCUUCGACCUUCUCGACUAUGGUCGGGGGUGUGAUUAGCGACAUCUACCAUGCCGAAGAACGCAACACGCCAAUGGUUCUGUUCUCUGCAGCAGCGCUUUUUGGUACCGGUCUGGCACCGCUUCUGUCUGGCGCCGUUGUCUACCACACGACUUGGCGCUGGAUUUUCUACUCCCAUGCCAUUGUCUCGGCUGCCGUUGUUAUCUUGAUGUACUUCUGUUUCAGCGAGACACGAGGAGACGUUAUCCUGAGGUGGAAGGCGAAGGCAUUGAACACGUAUUACGAGAAACUCGAGGAAGCCGGUCACUAUGGAGUUCUCUUUGGCGGUCGUAAUGGUCCGGAGAAGAUCAAGCGCAUCCGAUGGAAGGUUAAGAGUGAUGAGAACCGGGCGUCUUUCAUUGACAUGAUCAGUCAAUCUUGCUACCGACCAUUUCAUAUGCUUUUCACGGAACCGGUUGUCUUUGCUUUUUCGGUCUGGAUCUCGUUCAGCUGGGCUGUUCUCUACCUUCAAUUCGGUUCGAUUCCUGUGGUGUUCGAAAACAACCAUGGUAUGAACAUUGAGCAGGUGGGAGCCGUUUUCACCGCCAUGUGCGCCGGCGUAAUCGUCGCUACCUUCCUCAGCAUCGGCCAAGACAAGAUCGCCUCGCGAUACAAGCUCCUCCCCCAAACCGCCGAAGCAAGACUCUAUUUUGCCUGUGUCGAAUCCGCCCUAAUGCCCAUCGGCCUCUUCUGGUUCGGCUGGACAUCCUACCCCUCGAUCCCGUUUAUCGUUCCCGCAUUGGCCGUCGGAUGCGCGACAAUGGGUAUUUUCUCUAUCUACUUGGCUGUCUUCAACUACCUGGCCGAUACGUACCACCGUUACGCGAGCUCAGCCAUUGCGGCGCAAUCAUGCUGCCGGAAUCUCCUGGGUGGUGUCUUCCCAUUGGUUACUCGCCAAUUGUUCACCAACUUGGGCUAUCCCCAAGCGUCGAGUCUUCUAGGCGGAAUCGGCGCUGGGUUGACUCUGGUACCAUGGGUCCUUGUGUUUUUCGGUCCCCAGAUCCGCGCAAGGAGUAAACUGGCGAGUGAGCUCGCCAAGUAA